AUGAUGCUCCCGCUGGUGAAGCUCGGCUCGCUCGCGUUCCGGACGCUGAGCAAGCCCAUCGCGGCCCGCCUCAAGUACAACGCCGGCAUCCACCCCAAGUUCCGCGGUCUCAUCAUCGGCCUCGCGCAGGCAAACCAUCGUUUCACGACAAAUAUGCAGAGGCGAGUUUACGGACGUGCGACUGACAUUCACAUUCGGCCCCUGAAUGAGGAGAAAGCUAUUCAAGCUGCUGCAGAUCUUCUUGGGGAACUAUUUGUUUUCUCGGUUGCUGGUGCUGCAAUUAUCUAUGAGGUGCAAAGAAGUGCCAGGUCAGAAGCCAGAAAAGAGGAAGUCCGUAGUCAGGAAAUUGAGGCGAUAAAGAAAAGGGAGGAGCAACUAGCCCAGGAAGUACAGCUCAUGAAACAGAAGAUUAGCGAGAUGGAGCGGCAGUACUCGAAGUGGACUCUUCCGGGGUUUCGCGGCUUCGGCACUGCCCAGGCCGGUGCCCAGGCUGCGGCACAGCCUGCUGGUACUCAGCAGCCAACAGCUGCGUAA